AUGCCGAUCGGUGCGCAAGCACUUGAAGUCAAUGAUGUAGCACGACGUGCACCGCAUUCUGCCAAAGUGGUUGGCACGUCAAACGCGCCUGUGCAACCUCAGCCACAGCAACUACAACAACACUUCCACAGUCAGCAACACCAGCUCCAGCCGCAAUCCCAGCAAUCCCCGCAGCAGCAGCAGCAGCAGCAGCAGCAGCAGCAGCAACAGCGUUCGUUUGCAGAAUCUCUCUUGCAACAACCGCCAACAACCUCUGGCGGACAGAUAUUUUCUGCGCGCUUCCCAUCAGCCAGCCCCGGUGCCCAGCAACAACCGCCAUACCUCUCGAGAAACUUUCUAGACGCUGGUUCGGGCCAGGCCGAAAACCUCAAUCCACUCGCACGCGCCGAAACCAGAUCCGCUGACACCCAACAACCCUCCGUCUCCAAUAACAACAGCGCGCGUCAGUCUGCGUCCUCCAUGUUUGACCUCGAGCCAUCGGGAGGGUCCUCGCCAUUUGGCCAGUUGAUGACCAAUGCACCUGCUCAGCCAUCCGCACCGAGCGCACCGAACGCGCCGAAAGGGAAGCCGCUUGCCAUGCCCCUCCCGAGCCAGGUGAACGAGUUUGUCAAGCUCCAGCAGGCUGCGUUGCAACGGCAGCAAGAAAUUCAAGGCCAAAACCCAGCUUCGUUGGAUGCGAAUGGUGCGAUGGGAACUGGGCCGGACGCCAUGACGCCAAUUUCCAGCGCUCUCUCGUCGUAUUUCGGCAUGCCAGUGUCGAAUCAGGGCAACAACAGCCUCGGAGGAGUGAACUUGUCAGAGUUGCCAACACCCUCUGCGCUGCUGGGAAUACCACUGUCGCUGUCUGGAACGUCCAUGCCGUUGCCGAUGCCGGCUCAAGAAGGAUUUGCGCCGCAGUCGCUCGGCUUCCCUCUUGCUCAGCAGCAAGACGUGCUCAACCAGUAUGUGCAGUUGCAGCACUUACAGGAACAGCAGCAACAGCUCCAGGAUGACCAGCAGCAGCAGCUGCAACAACAGCGCUUACUGAUGCUCGAACAACAGCGCCAGCUUCAGAAUCAACAACAGCUGUUACUGGACCAGCACGGCCAAGGCGAUCAGCAGCAGCAGUCGCAACCAUUCGAUGCGUCGCUCCAGGCGCUCAGAACCAAGCGCGCUGCUCCGUCCCGCACGUCCCUCUCAAGCGACGGAGGGGGAAGCGUCGAUAAUUUGGCCUCCUCCAGCCCGAGUCAACCGCGCAAGCGUGGCCGCGUCAAAGUGCAACAGAUUCCGGAGCACGAGCAUCAGCCUCUUGUUGGUGGAACGCCAGGAUCCGAAACGAUGGCCGAGCCCCAGACUGCUGCUGCCCGCCUUUCUGGGGGCUCCUCUGCCGAGAUGGAACCACACGCCAUCAUUUCGGGUGAGCCGUUGAAACGCGGACGGCCGCGACGAGCCUCGGCCCUCGCUGCCAUGCCAAUCUUCCGACGCGAAGCCAAAGUUCAGUUUGAUGGAAGCGACGCGUCUUUUGCGGGCAGCUCCAGCGAGUCGGUCGACACGGAUGAAACAGAUCCGGCGAGUAACUUUGAAGCGCUCGCCGCGUCCCACGCAGACGGCACUCGACGCCGCGCUCGCAGAAUCCGUCGGUCGUCUGGGGGCACCGACAGCACUGGCAAUCGAAGCAGUUUCAGUGGAAGCGAGGGCGUAUCGUUGGCCGAUGCAACCAAAGCAGCGGCUCGGUCUGCCGCAGCGGACGGGUGGACAAAAGGAGCAGAUCCGUCCAUCACAACGCUUCGGGCACACGAUGCUGCGCUGAUGGAGGGUGCUCCGGAAGAUGUGGCCCAAGGCUCCGUGACGGCAGCUGCAGUGGAAGCAGAGCGCAAGCGGAUUGCCAUCGAGAGGCUCGACCAGGUCGACAUUGACCAAGAAAUUGAGGAUGAAUAUGGGGAUUCGCUCGACCGGGGCGUGCGCAAGCGUCUCCGAAACCGAAAGGCGUCCAGGCUGUGUCGCCUCAAGAAAAAGUACUACAUUCAGCGGCUUGAGGCAGAGUGCGAUGACUUGACCGAUCGGAACAUUGCUCUGGCCACCAGCUUGCGCGAGCACGAGCGGCAGUGCGAAGCCCUCAAACGAGAAAACCUAGAGCUCCGUGCGCGCUUUGGGCUGCUCGAUGACACUGGCAGAAUCCCGGACGCGACGUCGUUGCCCAGGCUGGAAAGUAGUGUUUGAAGUAGUGUUUGAGCAGGGGGCAAAUGAUGAGCAGUUCUCUUGUACUACAGCUUGUCAGAUGUGGUCGCCAGCUAUUAUUUUGUAGUCCUUAUUUAUCACCCUCCUUCCUGGUUGCUGUUCUGCAUUGGUUGAUUAGCAUUUCGCUUUUGCA